AUGCCAAAACGCAAGAGAUCUACCUUUGAUGGUUCGGGCGAUCGAGUCCAGCAUAUGCGCAAGGAAGAUGCCGAAGCAAAGCUCACGCAGAGUAAGAGAUUGCUUCACAAAGCCCUCAAAACAGCGAAAGGCUUUCAGCGGCAGAAACUGGGGAAUCGAUUGAAAAUCGCAAGGGCGGAGAACAAAAGCGAGGAUAUCAUACGGAUCAAUCGAGAAAUAGAGGCUUUAAAGAUGAUAAAUCUGGACCAGGCCACAGACUCUCAUUUACACAAAACCUUGUUGAAAAUCAAGAGACUGGCGGAGAGUGAAGUGCUGCCAGAAGAGGUGAGGAAAGUGGUUCCGAGGCCUGAUAUGUCAGAGGAGAUGAUUGCAGCAUCGAAUAAUGUGUUGAGUGGGAUGACGAAUACGAAACCAGUCAAAGAUGCAAUACCGCAGAUUAUCACCGGGAUGUAUAUUGCGAUGGGAAUUCCACCGCCAGCAGCACCUAGCAAAGGGAAGGGGGGGAAGAAGGAGGAGGUCAAAAGAAUACUGAAGCAAUCGAAAAUUGGAGUCUCCCGACGAGUCGAUACGGACGACGAAGAUCUUGAAGCAGAAAAUGAAGGGCCCAAAUCCCAGAGAGUAACAACAAAAGACCCUGCUUGGGACGGAUUUGAAUCACCUGGAGAUGACGAGGACAAUGGUGAUGAGGAUAUGGAUUCCGAGGCAGAACUGGCUCGCUACGAUGCCCUCCUGGGCGGUUCCUCGGACGAGGACAGUUUCAACGAAGAAGAAUACGCCGUUGAGAGGAAGUCUUAUCAAUCGAGACAACGUUCACUCUCGAUAUCGUCAGCUUCGUCUAAAUCAACUGCUGAGAUCACAAAAUCACAAUCCCCAGAGGCAACACAACGGCGAGAGAAAAGCUCAAAACCAAAGGUACCCAUCAGUGCCCCCAGAGGGUCAACCUUCCUACCGAGUCUUAAUGCUGGUUACUGGUCCGGAUCUGAAUCAUCUGCAUCUGAUUUUGACGAUGCUCCUCCUCCCGUCAAGAAGAACAGGCCUGGCCAAAUGGCACGACGGGCUAUAGCUGAGAAAAAACAUGGAUCAGGUGCGAAUCAUAUCAAGAAAGGUUUGCCACCUGUUGCAGAGAUGGGCAAGAAGAAGGGUGACGGAUGGGAUGCGAAAAGAGGUGCGACUGAUGGCGGAAGGGGCCGAAGGGGAGGAUUUGGAGCAAGGGGGAGAGGUGGCAAUGAUAGAGGUGGAAGGCAACGAGACUUCAGCCAGGUGACAGGGGAAAAUGCUAUUGCUGUUGAGCCUAGGUUUCGGGAGAAGAAGAGAGACGAUGUCGGCGUACUGCAUCCCAGUUGGCAAGCUGCGAAGAAAGCAAAGGAGGAGAAACAGACUGCAACAUUCCAGGGUAAAAAGGUCACUUUUGAUUGA